GCUGAGCAGCUAAAUCGCAUUUAGUUUAAUUUUAAUCUGCUUUGAAACUGAAUCGGUGCAAUCGUCAGCAAGCUCAGCCGUUCACGCUGAAACAACUUGCGAAGCUGCACUUAAAGGUCUUCUUGACACUUUCGAAAAGCUAUUUAAUAUCAAAAACUAUUUAAUAAAAAAGUACUGAUCAUUUUAAUAAAAAAGAUGUCUUGCGAAUCCUGUAGCGUCACACAGCGUAAAGCCUGGGUUUUUGGGUUAGGCACCUUCUUUACGGCUCUUGGUAUUGCUUUACUUGUAUUUUGGAAUGGAAUUGCGGAUAACAUUAUGCGAAAUAGUUUAAUGUUAAAAGUUGGCUCUGAAGCCUAUAACAUUUGGGUGGAGGCGCCCAUUCCAAUUUACUUAGAAUUCCAUAUAUUUAAUUGGACGAACCCUGAAGAGAUACGAAAUCCGAAUGUGAAACCACACUUUGUUGAAAUGGGACCGUAUGUGUUUCUUGAGAAACACUUGAAGCAAAAUAUUACAUUUUAUCAAAACGAUACAGUGUCAUACUUCCAGAAGCGUACCUGGUUCUUCGAUGAGCAGCGCUCCGGCGGAUCUUUGAAUGAUAUGGUAACAGCAGCGCAUGUUAUAACUGCUACCAUUGCUGACGAGAUGCGACACAGAAACAAAGUUAUAAAAAAAAUUGUUAAUUUCAUGUUGAAUCACGAAGGUGGUGAGCUAUACACAACUAAGCCUGUACGCGAGUGGAUUUUUGACGGUUACGAAGACAAAUUAAUCGACUUCCUAAAUCGUUUCAAUACAACAAAAAUCAAAAUUCCCUACACACGCUUUGGCUGGCUUGUAGAUCGUAAUGCUUCUGCCGAAUAUGAUGGCCUCUUCACAAUACACACGGGUGUCGAUGAUAUGCAAAAUUUGGGUCGUUUGACACAUUGGAAUAAAAGGAAAGAGACUGGGUUUUAUGCCGCACCGUGUGGCACAGUUAAUGGUACUACCGGCGAUCUCUUCCCACCACAUUUGAGCGCUCAACAGGAGAUCACCAUCUUUGCGACGGAUGCAUGUCGUUAUUUGAAUUUGGCCCCGAAUGGUACUAUUGAAAAACAUGGACUAACGGGAUACAAUUGGGUUGGGACGGUCGAGACACUUGAUUCUGGCGAAAACUAUCCUAAUCAGAAAUGCUUUUGCGAUCCAAGUUUUGACGAAUGCCCGAAAACGGGAGUUGUAGAUUGUAAAAAAUGUCGAAAUAAUGCGCCGAUUUAUGCCUCGUUUCCACACUUCUAUUUGGCUGAUCCAACCUAUCUAAACGCCGUAGCGGGCUUGCAACCGGAUGAGCAUAAACAUAGUUUCAAUUUGGCUAUAGAGCCAAACACUGGUGUGCCUCUGCAAGUGAAUGGACGUCUGCAAAUCAAUAUGAUGAUUCAACCAGAUGAUGACUUUGACAUAUAUCGUGGUGUUCCGAAAUUCCUAAUGCCCAUGUUCUGGUUCGAUCAGCGUGCGGAAUUAGACACUAAGUUAGCUAGUAGAACAAAGCUUGUUCUAAAUUUGGGCGGCUAUGGCUUCUACACUGGAGUCGGGUUGGCAGUGAUAGGUGCUGUAUUCUACAUUGUUGGCGUAGUCUUAACAAUAACAAAGCGAUGGAAACGGAUACCAAAUGAUGAUGAAGAUAUGCUUACCACUUAGUAAUUUGAAUUUAGAAUAGAAGUUGCAAAUGCUUGUCAUUUAGUUUAUAAAAUUAACUUCUUUUCGUUCUUUGAACACAUGAUACAAGUAUUUAAAGAUAAAACCGCUCGCUCAGUUCGUCGGCCGUGAUUUUUUUUUUUAGUUUGUCUACUUUCCAACCAAUUCGCCUAUUAUUAAAAAAAGUUAUGUUACUGUAAGUAAUAGAAUGUCGUACAUGCACUCGGAUUUGAUCGCCAGUGUACGUAUGUUAGCCAUUCCUUUUUAAGUUGUACGGAUUUGGUAAAAAAAUGAUAUGUCUCCGAUUCGCUUCAAAUUUUUUUUUUUAUGGGUUCAGAGUUUGGAUUUUUUCGUGAUUCUGACUAAUCAUAUACUUCUUCAAAUCGUUAUAUCUCGGGUUCUGCUCUUCGUAGAGAUUUCACCUUAACGCCGUUUUAAAGCUAAAGAAGCGGGCUUAACAUGUCUAUAUAUAAUAUGGUUGUGAUUGUUCUAAAGCUAACUUAGCUAUAAACAUUUUAACUUUUUGAAGUGGGUUUGCAUAGUGAAGACCAGUAAAUUAGGGCUUUAAAAUUACACCAUCGUAAUCCUUGUUUAGUUCUCUAUAAAAAAACAAGAUUCAAGAUUUUAAAAAUAUUUUUUUUUUUAUGACGGGAUGGUUUAUUUUGUGAAAUUUUUAUGGUUAUUUGUUUUCAAAAAGUUAUGAUGAGAUAUUUUUUGCAAGGUGUUAAAAAUGGGUUUUUACAAAAAUUAAAAUUUUAUUGCGGAAUCCGAUAGAAUGCCUAUCCAGAAAUAAUAUUUGUAUGGCAAGAUUUUAAGGCGACAAACCUCUAGAAAUGGGCAUUGCAAUUGUGGAACUAAAGUUAGCAAAACGCAGAUUUUAUUGCGGAUUUCGGCAGAAUAUUCCUUCGUUAACAUUUGUUCCGCAAUAUAGUUAUUCUGGCGAAAUCCACAAUAAAAUCUAAAUUUUUGAACAUUGUUUUUUAAAUUGCCACACCCAUUUCUAGAAUAUUAUUUGAUUGAAUAAGCUUUCGUAAACAAAUUACAAAAAAUUGUUGACUCUCACAAAAUAAAUUAUCUCGUUAAAAAAAAACAUAUAUUUUAAAAAUAGUUAUUGAAAAACGCCAAUUUUUUACCAUGUUUUUCAUAGAGAAUUAAACAAGGACUGCGAUGGUAUAAUUUUAAAUCCCUAAUUUACUGGUCUUUACUAUGCAAAUCAACUUCAAAAAGUUCAACUGUUAAUAGCUAAGUUAGCUUUAGGACAAUCAUGACCAUCCUAUAUAUAGACAUGUUAAGCCCGUUUUUUAAGCUUUAAAACGACGUUAAAAUGAAGUCUCCACGAUGAGCUGCACCCGAUAUAUAACGAUUUGAAGAAGACCAUGAUAAGUCAGAACACGAAAAAAUCCAAAUUUUGACAGAUCAGAUCUCCGAAGAAAAAAAUGAAAAAGAAAUUUCUUCGAAUACGUGUUAGCUUAUUUCAUGUAUAGAACUCAUAAAAUAAAAUUUGAAGCGAAUCGAAAGCGUGACACCAAAUUUGGUGCCCGAUAUGAAAAAUAAUGUCUCAUGAGUGAGAUUGAAAAUUUGAUAACAUUUUUGUUACGGUAGCAAACUUCAAAAAUAUUCAGACUGCCUCUCAGCGGUUUUACCUUUAAAUUUUUGUAUCAUGCUUUGAACACAUAUAUAUGUUUGUACAAAUCAAGUUAACAGUCGCCAAAGUGCCAGUAAUUAUUCUAGUAACGGAACAACAAGUCUGUGAGAACUUGCACAUUAUACUUAUAAAAUACUUAUUUACGAUAUUGUUAUCUAUUAUUCUGAUUGGCUAAGCUGUUUUUGUGUAUUUCUCUAUGUCAGGUAUUAUUGUGAAAAGACAGUUUUGUAGUGGCUCAUAUACAUAUUUUUAGUUAAAAAUAAAAAAUUAUAUACAUACAUA